UUAACAUCCAUUACUUCUCAUGCACGCUCGUAUGACCUUCGCUGUUGAAUAUGACAGAAGAUUUUAGGAAAGUAUUUUUCUGAUGAACCCCUUUGGCUGCCUGAAUAAUCCAUUGUCCCUUUGGGAAACUGAACAAGGGCCUAAACCAUUGGCCAACUCAAGUACCCUCACGCCAGUACCCAUUAGCUGAUUAGCGGAAGCGUGUCAAACUGCUGCCUCUUCGUUUUGCUGAUCAGCACUGGCUGUUGGCACUGUAGCUACAGUACACUGUAGCUUCAGUGUCGGUACAGUACACUCCCACGUGUACUCGAGGCUGCACUGCGUGUGGUUGCUACGGUAAUCCUGCAGUGUAUGUCCUCUCACAAAAAUCAGCCGCUAUAGUGUUCAGCCAGCUCAAACCACCCAGCCGAACAGGCUGCUGGUUCCCUCUGAAUAUUCAUCCCUCGAGUUGGAAUCCAUCGUCUUCGAACAGGACAGGCCAACCACUACAAAGAACCAAAGAAGAGUGGUCAGACUCUCAGCCGGCCAUGGCCUUUGUGUUGAAGGGAAUCCGUUGUCGUUGCCCAUGGAGUUAGUGGCCAGCGCCUCGGAGGGGCUCAGAUCUCUUCUGGGCAGUGAGUACGCGCUCCAGGCUGGCGUGCGCAACGACAUCGACUUCGUCCAGGCCGAGCUGCAGCGCAUGCACGCCUUCCUCCAGGACUACGCGAGGAGCCAGCAGGCCACUACUGCCGUUGUCAAGGAUUGGGCCAGAGAGGUGCGGGAGCUCGCGUACGAUCUCGAAGACGCCGUGGAUGAGUUCAAAUAUCGUGUUAGUCCAGCACCCGUGGGGAUCCCUGCCAUGGUCGUGCACUUGGUCUCCACGUUCAUGGCUCGCCGUCAGAUAGCUGAGCAGGCGCGCAGCCUCCGGACCCGGGUACUGGAGGUGAGCGAGCGCCACAAGAGGUAUGAAUGUGACGUCUUCCUGCCUUUAGAUGCUCCCAGCUCCGCCUCCGCUCUCUGGUUGCCCCCGACGAUGUAUGUCGAGGUGGCCAGUCAGUCCAAUUUGGUGGGCAUCGACGGCCCGCGUGAUGAGAUCAUUAGUAAGCUUAUGGAUGCCGGAAGGAAGGAUGCAUCUGGCCGCCGCCGUGUGGCCUCCAUGGUUGGAUUCGCCGGAGUUGGCAAGACCACCCUAGCCAUGGCUGUGUACCGCAGCCUUGAGGGCCAGUUCCAGUGCCGGGCAUUCAUCACAGUGUCCAGGAAACUUGACAUUAAAAGACUUGUAACGGACAUUCUACAACAGAUCAUCCCUGUUGGCAGUUCUUCCAUGCCGGAUCCGGAUAUGGCUGGUGUCGAGACAUGGGAGAUCAGCCAGCUCGUGGGCAAGCUCAGAGAAAACCUGCAGUGCAAGAGGUACUUGAUUGUCAUCGACGACUUAUGGGAAACAUCCUCUUGGAGGGAUAUUAGUUGUGUUCUCCCAGAGAACAAUCUGGGUAGCAUCAUUAUGACGACUACAAGAAAUGAGUCUGUUGCUGAUGCAUGUUGCUCAAGCUAUAACCUUGGUGACUUUGUGCACAAGGUAGAAUCUAUGAACGAUCUUGACUCGAAGACAUUGUUUCUUGGUCGGAUUUUUGGUUCUGAGAACAACUGUCCACAUGAUUUCGAAGAAAUGUCCCUGAAAAUCCUGAAAAAAUGUGCCGGUUAGCCACUGGCCAUCGUCUGCAUAUCGAGCCUUUUGGCCGCUACACGGCCACAGGCAACAAAGUGGGAGAAAGUAUACAGCUCUUUGGGGUCCGAGAUUGAAAGCAAUGAUAGUCUAAGUAGAUUGAAGCAAGCUCUACAGCUUGGUUAUGAUGAUCUUCCACAACAUCUCAAGGUCUGUGUACUGUAUCUUUGUUCAUUUCCUGGGAGUUGCACAAUCGAAAGGGAUCGUUUAAUACGGAGAUGGAUAGCAGAAGGAUUCGUAGCCGAAAUACCUGGUAUGAGUUUGCAAAAAGUAGCCAAAAGCUACUUCAGUGAGCUAAUAGAAAGGACCAGGAUCCAGGCUGUGGACGUUGACUGUUUUGGUGAAGUUCAUGCAUGCAGAAUUCAUGAUGUGAUGUUUGAACUGAUCAUGAUGAAAUCAUUCGAAGACAACUUUGUUAUGCUUGUAGGUGAUCGCUGGAGUUUAUCCACACAACGGCUCAACGUUCGACGGCUAUCACUAGACUGUAGAACUGCAACAGAUGGUUUGGACUUGUCAAAUUUUGACAUGACUCGCAUUCGAUCAUUGGCAAUUUGUGGGUGUAUUGCUAGCUUUCAUUUCAUUCCAAAAUGCAAAUUUGUAAGGAUGUUGGAUUUUGAAUCCUGUGGGGGUUUAGACAGUAGGCACCUGAAGAACAUUGGUGAUCUGUUCCUGCUGAAGUACUUGAGUCUGAAGAGCACAUGGAUCAGUGAAUUGCCGUUGCAGAUUGGCAACUUAAAAUGUUUGGAGACUUUAGACUUGACACAAACAAACGUUAGAAAGUUGCCAAAGGAAAUUACUCAAUUGCAAAGGCUGGUACAUCUACUUGCUGGAGGAGCAGAACUGCCUGAAGGGGUUGGAAAUAUGUUGUGUUUACAGACAUUGUGCAUCAGGGCUGCCAGUAAGAGAUCUAACAAAGCUGUGAAAGAGUUACUUAGGCUAACCAAUUUGAGACAACUCGACAUGUCCUACAUAAAUCUAAAAGUAGGAAGGUCACAAGAUGAGAGACUGGAUGCUUGUUUACCCUUGGUAAUUGGUGAGCUUGGCAACUGCAACUGCAAUCUUCAAUCACUGAGUUUGAAUUUGUUAGGAUACUCUAUGGGUUUGUUCCUGGAACUCCAGUUGCCCCUAUCUGCAUCUCCUGAUACACUUCAAAGCCUGAAAAUAAAAGGCGAGCAUGGGUUUCUAAGAGUGCCAAUGUGGAUGUCAUCACUCCCUCACCUCGCUGAUCUGGAGCUAACUGUUGCUGCGGUGGGUGAGAGGGAUACAGAAAUUCUUGCAAAAUUACCUACGCUCACCCGACUUCGACUCACCAUAAAAGAACCACACUCACAAGGCAUACUCAUUAGGGAAUCCGGCUUCCCUAGCCUCAAGGAGCUCUGUAUCAACUGUAGGGUCAUGCCAGUGUUCUUCGUUGAGGGUGUUAUGCUGAAGCUUCAGAAGUUUGAGUUACAGUUUCAUGCAUAUCAAGAAGAUCUAAGAUUUGUUCACUUCAGUACAGAGCAUCUCCAAUCUCUUAAGGAGUUCCGAUUUACGGUAGUUUGCAAAGAUCUCAGUGAUCAUGAUAUUGAGUUUUUGAAAGAGGCCUUCAAGAAUGCUGUUUUCAUAUAGAGCCAUGCCACGAACAGGAACAGGAACAAGAUGUUGCAGAUGAGGACUGAAUCAGAAUGUCUCUUGUAAUUCCUUGUUCGCUCCAUAGUAUCUUAUUUUUAUUUUCAGUGAAAAUUCUGUCAGGAUGUUUGCAGUUUUUGGUACAUAAAUUCUUUAUGGGAAAUGUUGUGCCGUGUAUUUCUAUAGCACAAGCUUGCAAGUAUCGCAUAAAACACAAUGAAAUGGGGCUUGGCCUAAGUGGUAAUUCGGCAGUUUUUGGUGCGGGUUCUGGUCCAGCUAAAAGCUACUAGGAGGUUCAAUCUGUUCUUGACGAUAUGGUACAAUUUGUGACCACCUUGUCUACGUUGGUCUCAUGUUAAUGGAAAUUCUGCAUUUAUAUUUUUGGAAAUAUCAAGAACCCUUGCUAAUCA